AUGUCUACCGAUUACGAAUUCAAGGGCUGGCUUGGCCGUGAUCCCAGCUCCGUCAAUGGAAAGAUGGAGUGGGAUACCUUUGAGCCCAAGAAGUGGGAGGAGAACGACGUCGACAUCAAGAUCACACACUGCGGUAUCUGCGGUUCUGACCUUCACAUUCUUCGCUCCGGCUGGGGCGAGACACCUUUCCGAGCAGCCUGCUGUGUCGGCCACGAAAUCGUCGGCAAGGCUGUCCGCGUCGGCUCCAACGUCACAAACAUCAAGGUCGGCGACAGAGUCGGUGUAGGCGCCCAGGCCCGCAGCUGUCUCCGCGACGACUGCUCCGAGUGCUCCGCCGGCCGCCUCAACUACUGCCCCAAGAUGGUCAGCACCUACGGCUCCGUCUACCCCGACGACAUUGGCAAGUCCUACGGCGGCUAUGCCGACUACAACCGCACCGACUCCCGCUUCGUCGUAAAGAUCCCAGAGUCUCUCCCCUCAGAGUACGCUGCGCCCAUGCUCUGCGGCGGUGUCACCGUCUACGCUCCCCUUCGUAACAACGGCUGCGGUCCUGGAAAGACUGUGGGCAUCGUCGGUGUAGGCGGUCUGGGCCACUUUGGCGUUUUGUUCGCAAAGGCUCUUGGUGCUGAUAAGGUCAUUGGUAUUUCUCGUAAGGCCUCCAAGAAGGAUGAAGUCCUCGCUCUCGGCGCAGAUGCCUACAUCGCUACUGACGACGAUGAGGACUGGGCCAACAAGAACGCCAAGACGAUCGAUCUCAUGAUCUGCACUGUUUCAAGCAGCAAGAUGCCUUACAGCGAUUACUUCAAGCUCCUCCGUCACGGCGCCGACUUUGUGCAGGUCGGAGCUCCUGACUCUGGUGAACUCCCUCCCAUCAACGCAUUCAACCUCAUCAUGGGCCAGUUCAAGCUGAGCGGAAGCUUGAUUGGUUCGCCCAAGGAUAUCGAAGAGAUGCUGCAGCUUGCAGUUGAGAAGAAUGUCAAGCCUUGGGUUGAGAAGAGGCCGAUGGAGGACGCGAACCAGGCUGUUGUCGAUAUGGAGAAUGGAAAGGCUCGAUACCGAUAUGUUUUGGUUAACCAGAAGAACAUUGAUUAA